AAGGACUACUAGUUGCUCCCUAAAACCAAAACUUCAAAUUCCCAAACGAAACCGAUGACGAUGGAGGAGGAAGAGGAGAAGCUUCUCUCCGCCAUAGCAGCCUCCGACCCAAACGCCGAACCCGCACCCAUCCCCACCCACUCCUCCGACUCCGAUUCCGAUUCCGAUGCCGACGCCGCCGCUCAACCACCCUCCUCAUCCUCCGCCGCCGGACUCGAGUACCAGAUAUCCGACGAGCAGAAGCAGCUGCGCGAGCGGCAGGAGAGAGCCAAGCAGCAGCUCCUCAUGAAGCGCCGCGCCUCCGCCCUCGCCGUCCCCACCAACGACAACGCCGUCCGCGCUCGUCUCCGCCGCCUCGGCGAGCCGAUGACUCUGUUCGGGGAGCGCGAGAUGGAGCGGCGCGACCGCCUGAGGAUGAUUCUCUCCAAGCUCGACUCGGCGCAGCUGGAGACGCUCCUCAAGUCUCACGAGGACGACGAGGCUUCUGCCAAUGCCGACGACUCUGACUUCGAGCAGGAAAUUGAGUAUCCAUUCUUCACUGAGGCGACCAGGCCUAGGGCUCUGCGUGAGGCUAGGGUUCAUAUUGCGCACUACUCCAUGCCCAGGGCGGCGUUACGGCUUCAGCGUGCGAGGAGGAGGGAGGAGGAUCCCGAUGAGGAUGUGGACGCCGAGAUUAACUGGGCUCUAGGGCAGGCCUCGAGCUUGAAGCUUGAUUGCAGUGAGAUUGGAGAUGACAGGCCUCUUUCGGGCUGUUCGUUUUCACAAGAUGGCGCAAUGCUUGCCACCUGUGCUUUAAGUCCGGUGGCCAAGUUGUGGGGCAUGCCUCAAGUGACAAAGGUUGCCACCUUGAAGGGACACACAGAGCGUUUAACCGACGUUGCAUUUUCUCCCGUGCGAAACAACCUCCUGGCGACUGCCUCUGCUGAUAGGACUGCGAGGUUGUGGAACGGCGAAGGAGGGCACGUGAUGACGUUCGGGGGACAUUUGGACCGUCUUGCCCGUAUUGCCUUCCAUCCCUCAGGAAAUUACUUGGGUACAACUAGCUUUGACAAGACUUGGAGGCUGUGGGACGUAGAGACUGGUGAAGAGUUGCUUCUUCAAGAAGGUCACAGUAGGAGUGUAUAUGCUAUAGACUUCCAUCUGGAUGGCUCAUUGGUUGCAACUGCUGGAUUGGAUGCACUUGCUCGUGUUUGGGACCUCCGUAGUGGUAGAAGUAUUCUUACCCUGGAAGGCCACGUAAAAAAAGUUCUUGCACUCAGUUUUUCACCAAAUGGUUAUCAUCUAGCCACUGGGGGUGAAGACAACACAUGCAGGAUGUGGGAUUUAAGAAAAAAGAAAUCCAUAUACAUUAUUCCAGCACACUCCAAUCUCAUAUCACAGGUCAAAUUUGAACCUCAAGAGGGAUAUUUCUUGGUAACCGGCUCCUAUGAUAUGACAGCAAAGAUCUGGUCUGCCCGAGAUUUUAAGCCUGUCAAGACCCUCUCUGGACAUGAAGCAAAAGUUACUUCUUUGGAUGUUUCAGGAGAUGGACAUCACAUUGCUACUGUAUCACAUGACCGAACCAUCAAACUGUGGUCGAGCGGGACCAGUGAAACUGAGAAGGACCAGGAAAUGGAUGUUGAUUAGGACAAGCUGAACUAUAAAAAGACGAUUAAGUCCGGGGCGACAAUUGAAUUAAGUUUUUCCAAGACGUGAACAUUGGAGAUUCACAAUUAGAUAAUGGCUGUAUUCAGUGGGAGUUCCCUGCUAACUGGGGUAUCUGUGUAGUUCGAAUAUUUUUCAGCUGUCAAAGCAGCCACUCGCCUAAGAAGAGUUCUAAUGUUAUGCAAAAUGCUUUGAGUUCUUUUCAUCUUACACUACUGCUGAAGAGUCUACCAGUAGUCUGGUACUUAUCUAUCAAAGGCUUGUCGUUGUGAUCAACUCUAUGCUUUGGCUCAGUUUAUGAGCAUGAGGCACUUGCAACGACAUAAACUCUUCUAUUA